CUUCAAAUACAAAAGCCCACCACACCUCUGUCACACACACCAUCCAAACCCCCCUUUCUUCGAUCUCACUAAACUGUUUAUCGAAAUUCCCGAAAGGGUCUCAGACUACUACUAAGCGUCAAACAAUGGUGGUUUCUCUCGGUCCUGGCAAGUUCUACGGAAGCAGUCUUCCACGGCCUCGCAUCUACACCGACACCAAGUUCAACCCCGGACGCGUGGAUCCUCCUGUUCCAGUCCUUGAUCCGCUGCUCUCAUGGGCCGAUGAAGCCCAUUGGUCCAUGGGUGGUCUCAGUUUCAAGCGCCUUCGUCUCCAAGGUCGCAUAGAAGGCAACGUCAAAAGGCUUAAAGCUCAGCGCAAGAAGCUCCUCAAGGACACCCCCGACAGGGGUCUUAACCUUAAGAAAAGCUUAAGGGACGAUGAAGAUGACGAAGACGUAUCUCCCCCUCCUGCUCCCGUGGCGGUUAAAAGGAGGAGGUUCUUGGAUCUUAACGAUGACGACGACACAGAGGAUGAAAACAAAGGCGAUGAUGAUGAAGAAGUAACGGUGGCGAAGAGAAAAAAGAAGAGGGUAUUGAGGAACGGUGCGGUGCGGAAACUGGGCGAUGAUUUUGAGCGAGUGGCGAAGAAUAGCGGCUUGGUGAGCAAAAGAGAGGAACUUUAGCGAUGGGAUAGGUAGCGAUGUGAAGAAGAUGGUGGAGGAGGUUAACAAUGAACCGGAAAGUGAAGGAGAUAAGGAGAAAACAGAGGCGCAGAGUGGGAGUAGUAGGACUUCACCAAGAUUGGCAAGGCGUAGCCGCUAUUAAGAUUAAUGUAUGUUUGUUUUAAUUUGGUGUUGCUGUCAUUUAGAAGCAUUGUUAAUCGUAAAUACAAACUGAUUUUGGUUGUUAAAA